GAUUCUCGGCAAAAUUGCAAAUUUGCUGUGGUGCUGUUUUAAUCCGUAAAUAAAUACUGCCGAAUUGAAUGGAAGGUGGCGGCAUUGUUUGAUAGAAAAAUACGCACGGAAUGGCCGAGUCGGAACCGCCAGAUUGGCUGGUAAAGCUGGAAAGCCGUCGGGAGCAGAUAAAGGCCAAGCUGAGCCAUGAAAGUGGAAACGGUGCACCGUGCAUUGCUUGCGGAAGCGCGUGUCCGGGGUUGGAUUUACACUUCUGGCGGAAGAUUUGUCGCAACUGCAAGUGCCGCAAGGAACAGCACGAUUUCGACGACGAUGCUAGCGGCUGGGCACAGUUCGAAAUCCUUGGUGCCAUUCGCUCGAAGCCAGCGUACAUUCGCAUAUCCGAGCUGACCGAUAAGCCGGUCCAGCUGACCUGGGUGCCUCCGAACGUGACGCCCGAGUUGGCCACGGACUAUAUGCGCACGCUCGGGGAGCGAAACAUACCGAUCGUCGGUAGCGAGGCCGCGGAGAAGCGCAAACAGCAGCUCGAGUAUCAGGUACCCGCGCACGAUCUGGACACCACCCUGUGCCAUAACCUCACGCCUUACGAAGCAGGCCAGCUGAGCGAUUACGUGGAGAAAAUUAAGACCCACUGCGUGGGACAGGGCACAGUGAUGAGAGUCGGCGGCGAAAGUGGAGGUGCGGUCCAGUACGGCACAGUCGUCCAGCAGCAAGACCCGAAUCCACCGCAGGCAGCAUCGGCGGGCCAGCCGGAGAACAGGCGUCCCGAUUUCAUGGAGAGUCCCGCACUUUCCGAUAAAAUGAAGUACAAACUAAACCUGAUGGGUAUCGCCAGCUCGGAAAUGGUCCACCAAGCGCUUCGCUACGAUCCGGCCGUAGUGUUGUCUGGCAGGCAACACUUUCCGGAACCGAUCAUCAAGUUCCACCAGGAGUAUCAGUCGAAUCCAAAGUUUCGGGCGGAGAUGGAUCACUUCGUUGAGGAGACACCUCCACCGCUUCCAGAGUCAAGUGUACCCGAAUUCCAGUCUUCCGGUGUACUCCGUUCCGAUGCCGGUCCAAUCGUUCCUUCCGGUAGUAACGAUUCCGGGUUCGCUUCCAUUCCCGUUAGUCCGGCUCGUAACGAUCCGUCGGCUGCCCCGCUGCUCGGUCCGAUGGAAGCGAUAAAACUGACCGAUGCACCACCAGCGAAACUCACGCCCGCGGUUGCCACGCAACGCUGCACCGGGUGCAGUCAACCUUUCGCACCGGGUGAGGUAGCCGUCAAGGUGGACCGAGCGAGCAGCGAGCGUUCGAUAUGGCAUCCGCAGUGCUUCAAGUGUGAACGGUGCGGCGAACUGCUGGCCGAUCUGGUGUACUUCUACCAUGCCGGCGCCAUCUACUGCGGCCGCGAUUUGGCGGUCAUUCUGAAGAUUCCCCGAUGCGCCGCCUGCGAUGAGUUGAUCUUCACGAAGGAGUACACCGCGGCCGAAGGGGCCACAUACCACGUGCGCCAUUUCUGCUGCUAUCACUGUGAUGGGCCGCUGGCCGGGCAGCAGUACGUGCUGGAGCAACGCUCGUCACAACCGCUCUGCCUUCCGUGCUACGAGGGCCAUUACGCGCAAACGUGCAGCACCUGCCAGCGGAGUAUUGGGCCGGCGGAGCAGGGCGUCGGUUGGGACAAGAUCCACUGGCACAAGGAGUGCUUUCGGUGCACUGGAAAGCACUGCCAAAAGUCGCUCAUCGGUGGGCGGUUUUGUGUGAAGGCCAAUCAACCGUACUGCAGUGCGCAGUGCACGAAGGAUGUGUGAAAGUUAGAACCCAGCGCCAUCAGGAACCCGUGCCUUACAAAAGAACAGUAUUUAAUGGACAUUUUGAACCAUACCGCCGCCACCGGCGGCACCAACGAUCAAAAGUAUCAAAACGGAACGUCGCAGCAAGUCGUUCUUAGCGAACGAUCGUUAGCGUAUAAGUUUAGAACCGGUUUUAAUCGAGCCAUUUUAUUCCAGCGGUCAAUAGCGGUUUUUUUGCUUAUCAGCAUAGUUUUAGCAAACUUUUCCUCAACUUUCCAAACAUGUCAACCUCUAGCUAUCUCCACGAAUCUUCAACUUUGAAUGGUGCGUAACUGUAACGAGAGUGCCGAUAGUCCACUUCCGACACAUGUAAAACAUGAACAAAAAGUACAACCCCUCUCUAUUUUGCUACAUAUAUUAUACAUUUUAUAUCGUAACUUGGUGCAUUUAGUGUGAAAUA